AUGGAGCCCACGUAUCCCAAGAGACACCCCGAGGUGACCCCGCACCUACCCCUGGGGUGCCUCCGGACGCCCCUGCCCGCGCUCUGCCUGCGGCUGCCCGGGCUGCGAGACACCAAUGCCCUGAGUCACGCUCUCACCUCCCUAAUCUCACCCCCCUCGGGCUCACCCGGCCCCCCCGGGGCCCCCCACACGGAGGGUCCCCGGUGUCCCGUGUGCCCCGUGGGACGCGGUGGGUCCCCAGUGCCCCACACAUCCCGUGGGCCGUGUCGCCCGGCAGGUCCCCGGCACCGGUGGCCGUGCCGGGUGCUGAGCAGCCGCGUUUGCCGCAGGACGGGGCUGAUCCCCUGCGAGAACCCGCAGCUGGCCCAGCUCUCCAAGGAGAUGGUGACACCCCUGGUCAACCAGUGGCCCUCGCUGGGGACCCUCAACGGCAACGAGAGCGGCUCGGACAGCAAACUCUACAGGAGGCACAGCUUCGUGAGCACCGACCAGCUCUCGGCCGAGAACAGCCUCAGCUCCGACUCCCAGCGCCUGGGCGAGGGCAAGCGCGAGGGCGAGCCCUGGGGGCCCUUGGGGAAGGACCCCACGCCCUCCAUGCUGGGGCUCUGCGGCUCCCUGGCCUCCCUGCCCAGCUGCAAGUCCCUGGCCAGCCUCAAGUCCAACGAGUGCCUGGUGAGCGACAGCACGGAAGCCAGCCCGACCCGCAGCCCCAGCUGAGGCCCCCGGCCCCCUCACCGCCCCCCGGCCCGGCCGCCCGGCCCAGCGUCGCGGAGCAGGACUGAGCUCGGCCCGGGACUGAGCUCGGCCCCCCUCGCCGCCCCGGGAACGACGAGGGACUCGCCGAACCCACCGGGGAGGCUGGGGACGGGCAUCCCCCUCCCCAUCUCGACAUCCCACCCCCCGGCUGUGCCUCGGACCCCCAGCCUGGACCCUGGCUGGAGACAUGGACCCAUUGGGAUGGGGGAUGCAGGACUGGGACCCAGGCGAGCUGAGGAUGGGGGGGAUGAACUGUGCCAUGGGGGGACACUGGGAGCGACAGCUGCUGGGGAGCAAGGGGGGGAUCAGGGCCAGGCCCCCUCCAGGGGUGAGGGUCUGGGCACAGCCCCGCUGUCCAUCCUGCUCAGCCCUCAGUGCCCACCUGGCCUUCCCCAGCCCCUCUGCUUUGGGGGGCUGCCUGUCCCCCACUUCGGGGACCAGCUGUCCCUCCUUGCAGCAGCAUCCCCACGCCAGGGGUAGGACUCCCCUUUCCCAUCCCCUCCCCAUCCUCCCCUGAGUUUUGGGUUGUUUUGGGUGAUUUUGGUUUUUAUUUCAGCCCCAUCUGCCUGGUUGGAGCAAAAGGAAAUCAAUAAAUGCAGCAAGCAGA